UCCAGACUCUCUCUAUUUCCAUCCCUCUCUAUCUGUCAAUCAGCGCCGCCUUUGAACUGAAAACCACUCCGACCAACUUCAACUCCUCAAUCCGAGCGGCUCAGCUCCAUCUCCGGCUUCUUUUUCUGCCAAGAUUCCCCUCUUUUGAGUUUGUACUAACCGCCAGUGCUUGGAAAACGCCAAUACAGACCCUAAACUUAAACUCGGAUCCGGGAUCACUAAGAUCAAGGGUUUAAAACUUUGUGUUUUUGCCCCCAAAAUUGCUCGGGAAAAAUGCCGCAGCUCAACGGCGGUGGAGGGGACGAUUUGGGUGCGAACGAUGAAAUGAUUUCCUUCAAAGACGAAGGGGAACAGGAGGAAAAAAUUUCGGAGAACUCUUCUGCAGAAAGGGAUUUAGCAGACGUCAAAUCUUCUCUUGUAAACGAAUCAGAAACGAAUCAAAACAGCUCGUCAGAUUCAGAGGCGGAAAGACGGCCUCCGCCUAGAUCUGAAACUUUCAGAGACAAAACAAGAGAAAGUUUAGAGGAGGCUGCGAAGCGGCAAGAUGGAGGGCUGUUCAAGAGCCCACCGUACCCGGGCUAUCCGUUUAUAAUGAUCCCUGAUCUCACGAGCCCGUACCUCCCGAACGGAUCACUUUCUCCAACAGCACGCACAGUAAGUGUGUUUAUUUGCCCCUUUCCGCUCAUUACCGCGCCACGUAGCGCGCAGCAGGACAUAGUUUUGUGAACGCGACUAGGUAAGGUUAGCUGGGAAAUAUCAGGCUAAAGUUUCGCAACUUUGGCGUACUGUACAGUGGCAUGUCAUGUCGCGGCUCAGCCGGAUCCCGUGUGUGUGUGUG